GGCUCAUUAUUAUUAAACAGGACCUGAAGGCGAAAUUCUCAGUCUACAUCGAUAGGGGGAAACUUUCAUUUCUUCAUCUCAACAAGUAUGGCGGUGUACAGAAGGAACUUUUUUGCUGUUGGAUUGAGCUGGGCAUCUUCUUUGUUGAGCAGAAGCUCCAGCUCCAGAAGCUACAGCCGCGGACUGGCUGUGCUGCCCACUCUCCUCAGAAACAACUGGAAGACCUUGAGUGUCACAGGUGCUCUGUGUGCUGUUCCUUUCAUCCAGAAACCAGGAAAUCUGUCUAAUGAAGAUCGGGUUUGGAGAGCAUCAUCUCUAAUUACAGACAGUGCUAAAACUUACCUCUCACAAACGACUUUAGUACUGCUUGAUUCCAUCUCAAAUUAUGUUAAGGCUAUGAAGAGACUUGUAACAUUACAAAAGCACUAUGUGGAUUCCAUCGACAGAUUAUCAUCUGUGGAUGAGGAUAAAAUCUGGCAGCUUAUUCUUAGGAAUCGUCAGGAGGUAAUUGACAGGAGAAAGGAUUGCAAAAAAUUUGAAUCCUGCUGGAAGACGGCAAUCAAUCUCGCAGAGCUGGCAGCAAAGGCAGCUUUCAAUGCUGGGGCUGACCAAGCUUCUGUGACCACAAAGGACAGUGUACAGCUCGCAAAGUCUCAGGUGGAAGAAUUUCAACAGAUAAUGCUGAUAACUGAGACACAACUCAAAGACUCUGAGGCUGGGGAAAGUGGGAGGCUUUAAAAUGCUCUCAGCAGUGCAGUGAAGGAUGAAGAUGUCCCAGAUGCAUAUUUACGAGAGAACUAGUCACACCGAGACCUUCAAUACAGAUUUAAAGUAUCUUACACACUCUGCUACAAAGACCUGUACCACUACUGAAGCACUUAAUUGUAUUUUUGUUUGAUUAAUAGGGCAAAUGCUGUGAAAUGUGGGAGACUAUGGUGCAGCCAGGAGAAUUUAUAUAAAUUAAGUAUCAAAUACAAAACUAUGAGGGUAAGAAAAGGGACUUUGUAGAUAAAUACAUUAUAGAUCAGGGGCUUCACAUUUGCUUUCAAAUGCAAUUACAAUGUAAUGAAAUAGAUUUAAAUUUAAACCAGAAUCUCUUUUUUACUGUAUUGACAAUAUGUUUGAUUCAUAAUUCCAGACAGAUGCUACCUUUGUGAUUUCUUAUUCAUUUUUUUAAUAAACAGUCUCUCGUCAGUCUGGUUUUUCAGGGCCAGCCUUCCAAA